GAGGUCCCCGAUGCCUGGAAACGACCUCAACUCAAAGCCGUGGGCCGGCAGUUACGCCAUUGGACCAAAAAAGUGCGCCAACCGUUUGGGGCCCCGGCGGGGGGUGUGAGUGCUGCAGGGGCCGCCACGCCUGGUGAGGAUGAUGAGUUUGAAGCGGGGCCUAUGCAAGCGUGGUUCACGCAAUUGGUCAAGGCGACCCAGGGUAUAAAACAAGGAGCCAUGCCGGGUGGACCCAGAAAACCACCCGUCCCGCCUAAACCGAACAUCACCCCCAGUGCUAAAAAGAAACUCAAGUUUACGCGCCCGCUGAGUAGCGCCGAGUUGGCGAAAGAGUUGCCCUUUUCAGACACGUACGGUGUAGAACCUUGGGAUACCCCCAGUGAACGGGUGGACUCCAUUAAGAAAUCGCUCAAGCGCGGGAUUCGCAAAAAAGCCGCCGAGGUCGCCAAAAAGAAAGGCAAAAGUCUGGCCAAGAAAGCCUUGGAUUGGAAAUCGUGGAAAACCCCGUGA